AUGCCGCCGACAAAGGAACAAGCUUACAAGCAUUCGUACAACCGUUCCUACUCAAACAAUGGUAUGUCAUUGUCGGCGAGAGUAUACCAGCCAGCCACUAAUCUCAUGCCACCAACGCCACCGCCAUCUCCCACCAAAAUUCCGCCAUUCGCCAGUAGACCGCCAGCGUUCUCAGCAGACAGAACAGCAAGAACUGCGGACAAUACUCACUAA